AUGCUUACCAGAUUAGGAUUAAACACUACAGCACCAUACCAUUUUUUGUUCUACUCUAUCGUUUUCGGGGGUUCAGUGUUCCAUUCAUUCAUUGUCUCCCCAAUUGCUUUCAAGCAUUUAUCGAGACCAGAAUUCAGUAAUCUUCAGAAUAAGGUCUUUCCAACUUAUUUUCUUGGACAAGCAUUAUCACCUUUGGUAUUAGGUUUAACGACCCCAUUAAAGUUAUGUCCAUUCACGAUUGGAUUAUUGGCGUUAUCAAGUGCCACCGGUGCCCUCAACUAUUUUGUUUUAUUGCCUUGGUGCCAACAAAUUAAAGACCAGAGAAACAAAUUGGUUAGCGACAAGUUACAUGAAGUUAUUGAAAAUGGUGAAGUAAAACCUUCGGAAGAGAUGGUUAGAUUAAAUAAGCAAUUCGGUAAGUACCAUGGUAUUUCUUCUUUGGUUAAUAUUUUAUCCAUUCUUUCUCUCGGGGCGUAUGGGGUUAUUUUAUCCAAGAGAUUACUCUGA